UCUUCCUACGACGCAACCAUAGAGGCCCUUCGGUGAAGCGAUGUUGGAGUGAAAAAUCGUGAAAUGUUGGUUUUUACUCGAUUUGACGAUUUUUUUAUUUGGGAAAUCAGAGUUCUGGCAGUUUGUAGACACCAAAUUGUAAUAUUUUCGACAAAAAUGAGAUCAUUUACAAGAAUUUAACUUGUUCGCCACCGGCGUAGAGCUGGCCCGGACUGGGCGAUUCGAGGAUCGGCAGCAGCGAUUUGUAGGCCCUGUUUAUGGCAACAAAUCGAGUCGAUCCUCGGGAAACUGUACUCAAAUCGAUAGAUUAGAUGUUCUGCUACUAGAUUCAGCAUAGUUUGACCACCUAAAAGUGUGGUAAACCCAUCAUAUUUGCAAUUUCAUCGAGACCAUCAAUUGAAAAGUUAACUUUUUCAGAGUUAGUCUCCAUUUUCGAGUGCUUUAGAAAUUGCCAAUAGCGGCAUGUUAUACAUUUUCAGAAAGCUGAACAUCUUGGGCUUUGGAAUUGCAAUAAACAUUAAGAGACACGGUAGUGAAAUAACGCAACAGGAGAGGAAAUAGCAAAAGGUAAUUUAAAAAUUGUCAUAGAGCGACGCCAUGACAGUGAACGUUACACGAGUGGUAGUUUCCCGUCGGGUUCCACAAUUCGAUGGACCUGAUGCCGAGCAGUGUUGGUGUUACCUACAGAAACGUCAUUACAGUGUGUGUGAAAGCGCAGACCCAAACAAACUCGUUCAAUCGAAAACAAAGCAAAGCAAGCAUCGAAAGAGCAGCAAUGGCAGAUACAGCGAUGGCAGUCCCCGCAGCAGCAGCAGCCCCAGCCGCCGUGGCCAAGACCCCGAAGAAGGCCAAAGCCGCCGCAGGACCGAAGAAGCCGAAGAAGCCCGCGACGCAUCCUCCGGUAAACGCGAUGAUUGUGGCCGCCCUGAAGGCGCUGAAGGAGCGCAACGGCUCGUCCCUGCAGGCCAUCAAGAAGUACAUGGCAGCCAACUACAAGGUCGACGUGGCCAAGCUCGGACCAUUCAUCAAGAAGGCGCUGAAGACGGGCGUGACGGGUGGCAAGCUGGUGCAGACGAAGGGAGUAGGAGCGUCCGGAUCGUUCAAACUGUCGGCCGAGGCGAAGAAGCCAGUGGUGGAGAAGAAGAAGAAGGCCGCAGUGCAGAAGAAAAAGUCGGCCGCUGCUGGAGACAAAAAGAAGAAUCCAGCGACGAAGAAGGCGGCUGGUGAGAAAAAGAAGAAGGUAGCGAAGAAGGCCGAGGGAGGAGCCGCUGCCAAGAAGCCGAAAGCAGCGACUGCAGCCAAGAAGCCGAAGCCAGCCGCCGCCAAAGCUGGGGGAGCGAAGAAGGUCGUGAAGAAGGCAGCGACAGCAGCACCGAAGCAGAAGGCGACCAAGCCCUCGAAGAAGACGGGAGCGCCCAAGCCAAAGACUCCCAAACCGAAGAAGGCCGCCGCACCUGCCAAGAAGGCCGCGGCACCUAAGAAGGCCACUGCUGCGAAGAAGUAAGCUGAGUUGGAUCAUCAAAGGGCACGAGGCGGAUUGCCCUGGCCAUUUCGUAAAACAGUCCUUGUCAGGACUAGAAAAUGUAUUUUUAAGGAUUAUUACCGUGACCAUCGUCUGCUAAGAUGAAGUUUGCUUGCUCGAAGUGAACCAUUCCUUGAUCUCGACUCCAAUGAAGUUGAUAUGUUUGUUUUAAACAUUUUGAAAGCGCACAUCGCUCGGAACCGACCGACGUGCCAAGUGUACAUAUAUGAAUGAUAUGUUAUGUAAACAUAAAAUAUGGUUGAAUUAGUGUGUAUAAUAAAAUCUAAACCUUCCUAAAACUGACAA